UCGAAACCAUUUCCCAUUCUCAGAAGUCUCAGAACACCUGUGACCUGCCUCUGAGCAGUGCAAGAAGCCGAUAACCAAUCAUAACGCAGCUCUCGUCCACGCCCAGUCUCUCGAGUCAACUUAAGAUCUUUCUGCUCUAAACGCCGACUUUUCACUCAAACAGUGCACGUUCAUCGCUUUAAGCAUCUCGUGCAGACCUUAGACGCAUUUAUAUGUCUGUGGUGCAGACUUUCAAACUAAUUAGAUCGGAAGUGCAGGCAGUAUCCUGUCAUCUCUCACAGAGGAAAACACAGUUAGCGCCGAGGUCAUCUGCUUGAAGGUGUCACAAGGUAUACCUGGACAUUACCUGUGAUCGUUUAGCAAGAAGUGGAAGAGUAUGUCUGGAGAUUUGCCUCUGAAUAUCAACAUUAAGGAACCACGAUGGGACCAGAGCACAUUUAUGGGCCGGGCUCAGCACUUCUUCAUGGUGACGGACCCGAGAAACGUCCUAAUGUCCAGUGAAGUUUUAGAGGAUGCCAGAGUUACUGUGGAAAACUACAGGUUGGGAGUUUUGAAGCCCGGGCUAACAGAGGAUCAACUAUGGAGGGCCAAAUACAUCUAUGAUUCUGCUUUCCACCCUGACACAGGAGAGAAAAUGCUGCUAAUUGGACGCAUGUCUGCACAAGUGCCCAUGAACAUGACCAUUACGGGUUGCAUGCUUACCUUUUACAGGACAACCCCAGCUGUUGUCUUUUGGCAGUGGGUUAACCAGUCUUUCAACGCCGUUGUCAACUACACUAACCGCAGUGGAGAUGCACCACUCACUGUGAAUCAGCUUGGAGCAGCCUACGUUAGUGCUACCACAGGAGCUGUAAUAACAGCCCUGGGCCUGAAGUCUCUGACCAAGCACUUGCCAGCUAUUAUUGGCCGUUUUGUUCCAUUUGCUGCAGUAGCAGCAGCAAACUGUAUCAACAUACCCUUCAUGAGACAAAGAGAGCUGAAGAAUGGUAUUCCUGUCACUGAUGCUGAGGGAAAACGCCUUGGAGAAUCAACUAAAGCUGCUCAACAAGCCAUCGUCCAGGUGGUGGUGUCUCGUAUCGGCAUGGCAGUACCAGCCAUGGCUAUUCCUCCAGUUAUCAUGAAUGCCUUAGAGAAGAAAGCCUUCAUGAAACGGUUCCCAGUUCUCAACGCCCCUGUACAAGUUGGGCUUGUUGGAUUCUGUCUGGUGUUUGCCACUCCACUAUGCUGUGCUCUGUUCCCACAGAAGAGUUCCAUGAAGGUGAGCAGUCUGGAGCCUGAGCUUCAAGAGAGGAUACAACAAAGCAAUCCUCAUACCACUACUGUUUAUUUUAACAAGGGUCUGUAGAGGCCUCUAGGUCGCAGCCUAUACUGAUGUGCUCCACUGCACUAGAGGUUAGUGGAUACUAUUGAAGGGGAGAACAGUUAUUUUUGUUUUGCUGUUCUAAUUUAUAUUUUUGUGUCACUUACCCAUGUUAUUGCAUAUUGUCACUUUUCUUUAGUUUCACUUAGAGGCUUGGAGCUUUUCUAGGUUUGUGGCUCAAACAUCUGCCCAAAAUCACCUUAUUCUGCCAAAUGAAUAUUUCCACCUUGCUCCAUUAUUUGUCAGUUAAGUGCACUUAGAUUGUGGAUGCAGUUUGUUUUUCUAUUUGUACUGCAAAAGAAUCCCUAAGAUGUAUUAACAGUCCUAAUGAAAACAUAAAAAUGCAAACUUCUGGCUGAAUAUCACUAAUGCAUCUAUACUUCCAAUGCCAUACUCGAUCAUGUUUUCUGUUUAAGCCUUCUAGGCCUUGUGUGUGUGCGCGGUUUGAAGUCCUUUUUGUAAAUUGCAAAUGUCUCUGAGAAGAGACUGACAUUUGGUUGUGUGGAGACUGUGGUUUGUGUACUGUUGCGAUUGAAGAGGUGAAAUGGUCAAAAUAAUAUCAAUUUAAAUAUUAAUUAGAUUUAGGUAUUGUAUGAAGUAUUAAAAAUGUCCCCAGUCUAAUGGGAUAGAAUGUGUCUGGGACAUGGUGUUUAUUAACAAGGCACUACAAAUCUUUGGCAGGUUAUUAAGAUGGAUGCACAUGAUCUGCAGAUGUAAUAGUAUAGAGAAAGAGUUGCAUCUUAUGCCCUGCUUUGUUUGGAUCACGAAACACAUCUCAGACACCAGCAAUUAUGGGAACAUACAAUCAUAGAUAUUUAUCACUACCAUGGGUAAAUCUGUGUGUUGUACCAAUAAUAUAUAUAUAUAUAUAUAUAUAUAUAUAUAUAUGUGUCAGUCACAGUGUCUAAUUUUGUGAAUUAUAUUUAAUAAUGGCCCCUACUUCUGUAACCUGAGCGUAUAUGAACAAAAAUGUGUUUUCCUUAAUACUUGUAGUAAUGUUACAGUGUGUAGCUUUUGAAAUCUUGAUGACCUUAACAAACCUUUACAGUAUUUCCCCCAUCAGUCCCUUCCCACCCAAAAACUUUCAUGUUGUUGUUCUCUUCAUGUACUCGGAGAGGCAGUAGAGCUCUGUUACUUUUUGCCCUGAACUUUCCAUGUAGGCAAAUAUUGUUAGGACUAAUAUCUGAAAAACAUUGUAUGUUACACAAUGAGCGUUUGAUAAGUAUUCCGUUGGGAAAAAUGUUUUUUUUUUAUAGCCCGGUUGAAAGCAUCCUAAAAAAUAAGUAACCAAAACAAUAGUUGACAUUUAAUGCACAAAUCCCCUAUUUCUAUUAUAAUCUAGUGCAAAAAACACACACAUUCUUAAUGUAGAGAGUUGUUGGAUAUGUUAUGCAAAUAUGACUCUUUGAUUGUGAUUUUACAUGUAAAAGUUUGUUCUCUCUUGGUACCCUGUUAAAUCAAACACCACAGACCAGUUAAACCACAUGCUGUCUAGAUUCAUUAUUCAUUUGUGUAAUGAUUAAUGACUAAGAAUUUCUGAACUGUUGGCACAUGAAUUUUAUUAGCAGCACACCAAAUUGUUUGUGAUGGUGAUGUUUUGGGUUCAUGAAAUGUUUUAUGAUUGUAAAUUGCACUAGACGAUGAUAAUGAUAAACAACUGUAAAAGAAAGAGGCUGUUGUUUGGAAGAGAAAAAAACAGAACUCACAGUGGUCAUUAAUGUGACUCUGUAUAUUAAUAUAAUAUUAGGGUUGUCCAUCAAGAAUAAAGAAAUUUGGAUCAAAAUGGAUUUCAAAAUUACAAAUUCAAUGAAGAUUCUUGUCACACCAAAUGCCCUCGUUUUGAGAUUGUUUUGAUGUAAAGUUUCUUGAUGUGUAAAAGAGCACAUAUUUAUUAAUAGGUCUCCCAUGACCUGGAGAAACAAGCGUAAUAUUUUUUUGAACUCUACAAAUAUAAAUCUGAUGCACCACUUGAGCACAAUUAGUCUGGUCAUUGUUGGUGCUUAUUGCAUGCUUUUUUUCCCAGCAUUUUGUAUUGUUUUGUUACAUCCUUGUGUAUUUUGUGGAACUAUGUAAUAAAGCUAUUUUAA